AUGUUGUAUGUUCACCUGAGCGGAGGCCAAUUGAUCCAAUUGAUUCGCGAGGCUCUGGCAAAAAGUGGGUACUGCGUUGGCAACGUGCUUUUGUCCAAGCCUUCAGCUGAAAUGGCUUGCUUGCAAGAAUGGGAUGCCGACAGGCGUCAGGCGGCGCAUGCCGAGAAGUCGCUUGCCGUGCGGGAGCUCGUGCACCUCUCCCUGCGCGCGAAGUCCACGGGCGUCGUCGCGGAGCUUCAUCUCGACACGGCACUGGUUGCUCCGAGCGGCAGCGGAGCUGAUCACGAGCGACAAAUUCGCGGGGAUGCCCGGCAACAGAUUGGCGUGGCGUCCUAA